AUGCUUGGCCGACUCUUAAGCACAGCUGCUUCCAGCUUAAACCCAGCAACUUUCUCAUCCCGAAACCAUGCAACCCCUCUUGAAUCGGUAACUGAGGAGGAACACACUUCCGGUCUUCUCUUCCCCGAUGCCAGUCUGCUCCGACGCUCCAAUACCCAUGCAUACCCAUUGCAGACAACCUUCCACUCCCCGAAUGCUUCAACAGCCGGCGCCUACGAUGAUCGUGGGGGAAUGGAAUUGGAUGCAAUUAGGGACUUUAGAGUCGUUGUGGCUCAAAAUGCGUUAGGAGACAGAGAUGCCUGCAUCCUACUGGACACACGUGCAUCAUCAGAUCCGUCGCCCACUGGCCUCGGAAUCGAUUCACAAGGAUAUGAUCAAUCUGGUGCCAGGCAUGCUCGCACUGUGUCCAGUUUCUCACGUGGCUCUCGUCGAAACAUUCUUGCACAGUCCUCUGUGGUAGAAUCUAGCCCUCUCUCAUCUGCUGCAGAUGCACGGAGAUCAUCGAUCGCGAGCCCUGGAGCUCUGGGACGCGCUCGAGGGCGCAGCUCUACCCUAGCCCAAAGUGGAACAUCACACGAGCCUAGCCAAUCGCGGCAUUCGACGGAUGCCAACGAUACUGGUCUGCUCAAUUGCAUUUUUGGUAGCAGCGCAUUCAGUUACCGUGGAUCCUCUACAAAGAUGCACAUCAUAUCUGCCGAUGAUGAGCCUCAGACAAUGGCCAGCCCAUCUCCUGCAGCACGUAGCCCACUCGCUCGUGCAUAUACCACUGGAAGCUCAGCUGGAUUCUCAGGGCCAGCGCGAGGAUCAGACAAGCCGCCCGCCAAGGUCACUGUUCUACUCACUCGCAUGUUCAGCGUUAACCUACCAGAAGGCGCUGAAGCAUCCGCUGAUCGUCAAGAUUAUGCCACUGCGCUCUACCAGGAGUCAUUGCCUGAAAUGGGAUUUCCUUUCCCUGAUGUCUCGAAGCGAAAAAAGAUAAAGGAGAAGAAGACCCCUAUGUAUGCGGUCGCCAUCACCAUACAAAUCCCUCUAUUAGCGCGUAAUGCUCCCCGGUCAUUGUCACGAUUCAGCACUCUGGGUCCCGAUUCCCCUCGUCCUGGACUCUCCAGCUCUUUGGAUUCGGACUACCGCAUGCCUGGGUUUCUUUUAGAUGAUAGCCUAUCGUCGGCGUCACCUCCUGCAAGCUUAGACGAGCGCUUAGACCUGUUGGUCGACCACUGGGAUGUGAUCACACGAACAUUAUCUCAUCUUGAGCGACUUGCACGGAAUGAAAUUCUGUUUCUCUUGAGGAAGGUUGAUUCAUUGUCUGGGCCGCAUCCUAAGCCUGCCAAGCCACCCAAUAUGCAGCGAACCAACCAAACGCUUGUCCAUCUUCCUGCCAAUAUUCUGUCGGUGAAUUCGAAACUCAAGGAAGAAGCUAUUCGGAGCUCUCGUCGAAUCAGUCUGGCACUCCAGACUCCUUACGUAGUGACUGGCCAAAGUCGCUGGGGAGUGUGGCGAGAAGAAGGACGUUCAAUUGCUCGAGGUCUUGGUGACAAGGAGAGUAAUUUCUUCUUCCUUGUGCUGCUCACUGCAUUUCUUGGCAACCAUACAGAGUGGCUCAAUGCUCUUGGUCUUGAGUGGUACCGACGUCGGCAUAGCCAGCAGCAGAAGGCGCAACAAGAUACUGACCCAGUUCUCAGCCAUAGAACUGUGGUGAUCUGUCCAGAUAAGAUGACCGCUCGUCGUCUUAUAUUCCUGCUCUCCGCCUUCUUCCCAUCUAAACGCGUGGAACCGAUUCCUUCGCCGCUUCGACCAGGGACAUCGGCAUCAGUGCGUGCUAUUUCCCAGAGCCCACCGACAGUGCCAGUACUUCGACAGGAGUCCCUGAGAAGAGCUAUAGAGCGUCGCGCACGCGCCCAACGCAUGUGCCAAGGAGAUAGCAAUAACCACUAUCGUUCGGUAAGCGUAUCUUCUCAAGAUACAGCUCAUCGAUCAUCAGAUGGGACCGAUCAACCUACCGCAGCGGAGUUCACCUCCGCAUCUGCUCGGAGAGGCUCUGAUGCUCGCUCGAUAAAAACAAUAAGUGCUCCAAUUCAGACCAAGGAUCCGCGAGCCAAAGCCACGAGUGGGGCGACUACUUCCAUGACAACACAAAGCAGCACGGUCCCCGUACCACACUUUACAUCACAGCAAAGUCGGACUAGCCAGGGAGGAUUUGAUCCCAGUGCAGCAGAUGCCAAUGAAAGUUUGGCAUCGGAGAAUUUACUUAAGAACCUCCAAAGAAGUGACACCUCUAACUUGGCUUCCAAUGGAAGUGUCCCAUCUGCUGCAGGUCGUUGGGGUGGACUGUUCUCUGGUCUUUGGAGCUCGCGGCAAGAAUCUUCAACAGAAGGCAGUGAUAUCUAUUCCCCAGCCGACGCACGUAAACGGUCGGUUUCUACCAUAGCUGGACCGCCUAUGCGUCUUCCACCUACAUUGAGCCAGAUGGUUAAGGAAGUCACAGAGGACGAGACCAAACACCGUCCUGAUACUGCACCCACGAGUGGCAAUAUUUCCAUCCCAGCUGCUGCAACCCACAGUGCUGAAAACGAAACCCCCGAAUCGUCAUCUUUCACAAGUCAAGCUCGCGAAUCCCCAUUGAAGCUGUCGGUCCGAGCAGACGAAGGCGUUGUAGAUGUUGACCUUCCCCUUCCCGGAUUCUUGUCAUUGUCUUCCUCAGGGGACUCGACUAUUGCUUCACCAAAGAAGACAAGAACAUCAGUCACGAGUGUGGAUGCUCUUGCAUCUACGCAUAGCAGUGGCUCAGGAUUCCACAGCUCUACCAAGGAUAACGAUGGCCCCAGCACACAUGUUGCUGGAUGGUUGAAGUUGUUCCAUGAAGAUUUUUCUCUGCAAGCCGUAAGACCAUACGCUUCUUUGGAAGCAGAUAUUAAACGUGCGAUGCAAGCGGAACCUUCUCCGUACAUCCCAUCGACUCCUGAUGCCGAGGGCUCUGAGAGAUGGGUUGAUGUCGCAACGACUUUGAUUGCAGAUACCCGAUCAUCUUCUGUCAAGCGUCUUAGACUCCGACGAAAGAUUAUUGUGGGUCAUCACUACGGUUCGAACAAUACUCCUCCAUCUCCACCCAUGGGGCAUAGUCGCACUUCUACAGCUACUUCUUCCCACAUUUCCGGGUUCUUUUCCGGGUAUAUGAAGUCAGUGGAAGGCUCCGUUCUCGAGGACCAAGAUCCCCACUACGUGGAAGAGCGAUUUGUUGAGGAGCCUGUCAUGGAUCUCGAUGGUAUUCUUGUUGAUGCUGUUGAGCGAGUCCUUGGCCAAAGUGGCUAUUCAUCCCUUGCUCACUCACGGGCUCCAUCUCCGACGCGUACUCGCCGAGGAGAGGAUAAAGGCCAGACAACACCGCGUGUGGAAGAUCCACCUCCGGUUGAAGUUCCUCGUGCCGAGUGUCGAAAGAUGGUUCUCGGUGCUCUUGAGGAAGUUGUUCGUAUUGUUACUGCUGAGCACUGUCGCGAAGAUGUAGAUACUGAACUCGGAUUGGCUGACCGGGAGCGCAGAAGAGCCUUGGCCGGUGCUGAUAACACACUACGUGAAGGCAUCCGGAAAUGGCUUCUUGAUGUUGAAGAAGCUUGGUAA